AUGGCUGUGGAAAGGAACAUCAGCAUGACGACCCAGUUCAUCCUUCUGGGAUUUUCAGAGCGUCUAGAGCUGCAGAUUGUCCUCUUUGUGUUGUGUCUGGGGAUCUACUUCACGACUCUGGUUUGGAACCUUGGCCUCAUUGUUCUAAUCAGGAUGGAGUUGCACCUUCACUCCCCCAUGUAUUUCUUCCUUGGUAACUUGUCCUUUGUUGAUAUCUCAUAUACCUCCUCCAUUGCCCCCAAGAUGCUCUGUGACUUCUUCAAGGAGCAGAAGACCAUCUCCUUUGUGGGAUGUGCUGCUCAGCUUUUCAUCUUCAUUGGGAUGGGAGGCACUGAAUGCUGUCUCCUGGCAGCUAUGGCAUAUGACCGUUAUGCUGCCAUCUCCAACCCCUUGCUCUACACAGCCCUCAUGUCACCCACGGUCUGUGUGGGGAUGUCCAUUACAGCAUAUGCUGGAGGGUUCCUCACUGGGUUGGCCCAAACCAGCUCCAUAUUCCAGCUCCAUUUCUGUGGAUCUCGAGUCAUUAACCACUUCUUCUGUGACCUUCCACCCUUGCUGGCCUUGUCUUGCUCUAAUACCUUCCUCAGCCAGGUGGUAAAUUUUCUCUUCGUGUGUGCAGUUGGUGGGACAUCAGCACUUGUUGUCCUGGUUUCCUAUGGUUAUAUCAUUGCUGCUGUCAUGAAGAUCCAUUCAAACCAAGGGUGGACAAAGGCUUUCAAUACCUGUGCCUCUCAUCUGACCACAGUGAUUCUCUUCUAUGGCUCUGGUCUCUUCUCGUAUCUCCAUUCUAGUGCUGGCCACUCAAAAGACCAAGAUAAGGUGGUGUCCAUGUUCUAUGGAGUUGUGAUCCCCAUGCUGAACCCUGUCAUCUAUAGUCUGCGGAACAAGGAGAUCAAAGAGGCAUUGAAAAAACUCAGGAAGAAGAAGCAGAUGCCCUCUUUGUGUCUUCUAGUCCUUUGA